AUGGAGAAGCUCGUCCACCGUGGCAAGGAUGGGCAGAUCGUGGAUGUAGACGACUUCCAGGUGGCGAAGGCUCUUCUGGCAGGAGAGGCGGAGCUCCUGAGCCAGGAAGUUGACGCCGAGCACCUCUUCGACGUGUGCCUCCGAUUCGGCCGCCAGAGCACAGCGGCAGCGAUGAUUUCACAUGGAGUGCCAGGGUGCGUGUUCAAAGGUCCUGGCAGCUUGCCGCCUCCUGCUUCUACACCUGCUUGCGGGCCAGCAGAAGACUACGAUCCUUUCGAAGAUCAUCCCGAUUGCCACAAUUACUGGGGUACUUCCCGAGGGCGGGAUCUGCGGAUGGAGGAUUGGGAUGCACACCUCCGGGAUGCCAAGAACGCGGCGGAAAGAGCAGCUGCGAUGCCAUUGCUUCGCACUUUGCUUGAGGCCUGCCGCUCCCAGGCAGGUUGCUCAGGAAUCGUCACGGAUGAGGCAAUGGCCUACCUCCUAGACGUUGCUAUCCUCCUGGGCGAUGCCGAGCUUGCCAGAGACUGCUUCAAGCACUGUACCUGUCUCCCGCUGAGGUGCUGGAGAUUCCGGGCAUUUUGUAGGAUUACCGGACAUGAACAUGAACCGAGUCUUCGAGCAGAGAUCCGGGAGAAAGACAUCCUGAUUGCAGCUUUCGCCGCCGGCCUGAAGCUCGGGCAUCUCACUGUAGAAUAUCCCGAGCCGCCGUAUGAUCCCUGGCGCCAGCCCGAUUCGUGCAAGCACGUCUCGCUGGCGGAAGCCAUCGUGCUUUCCGGCGAUACGGAGCUCUGGUGCCGAGUCGAAGGCCUUCAACCGCAGCUCGGGCCUUGGCCAAAGCACACAAAAGGAAACGAGAUGGCCCGUUUCCUCCUGGAGCGCUGCGGCGGCCAAGUCAGGCUGAACUCGGAGCGGAUGCAACUAGCCGAAAGGGCGGGGCUUGCGCUGGGCACCUUUGAGCUGCGCCCUUUCAGGCGCUUUUCCACACUCUCAUUGCUGGACCUGGCGAUCCUGUUUGGUCAAACCGAUUGUUGCCGACUCUGCGGUCCGAUGGACAUCGAGGCGACAAUCUUUACAGUGCAGGCGAGCCUGGAAGAGCGGCCUGCGUGGGAGGACUAUCCGUGCCGCCGCGGUCACUCUACCUGGUACUCUACCUCGAGGGAAAUACACACAGGUCGCAUCUCGGAGCGCCAGGCUGCCGCAGCCGAGGCCCUUCGUGCAGCGCUGCAGGCGUCCUUCCGACGGGCCGCAAGCUUUGCAGGCUUCGGGCUCUUUCAGACCAUGCGCACCUGGUCCCGCGGGAAGUCCGUGCCAGCGGCGAUGGUGAAUUUGGUGUUGACUUUCGCAGCACACCGACCAUCACUUCUGCAGGCCCUCGAGGGGCGCGCGGCGGAGCUUCCUUCCCUGGGCCCCUGGUGGGAGAAGUCAGAGCACCAGGAUCCUGAGAGUCCGCAGGUAGCACCAACACAACCUGCUAGCACAGCAGAGAAGGAAAGUGGUCCUGACCAGCACUCCACCAGCGAUCUCCUCGUGGCCAUAAGAAACAGCAAGAGUGAGAAUCCACAUCCUCCGCUGAGUGGCGACGGUGUGGUGAUCUUCCGGAUCACUCGCAAGGCCAAUGCGGAGGAAGUCGAUGCCAUCCUCUUCGAUGCGACCGGGCCGUUGUGGUCCUUGCACCGGCGUGUGCUUGAGGCCGGCUGUGAAGUCAGACCCGAGUGGUCACCCGCAAGGGCCCUCUUCGUGCCUUUGACCCAGCCGCAGCUGCAAGAGCUAGAGCAAGCACAGGAGGGGAACUUGUACGAGAUGGGGAAGUUGCAUCUGCUGGCGAUGGAGUCGGAUGGCGAGCUUAUCAAAGAUGCCUUCAACCACGCGAUCCCGCGCAAGGUUCGUCCCAAGCUCCGCCGCGAGACUCUGCGCAUGGAUGAGGAGGAAGAAGACGAGCCCUUGCUCGUGGUGGAGGGCGGUGUCCAAACAGAUUCCAGCGCUGGCUACCCCGUCUAUGCAGGGAUGGCUUGA